CACUGCAAUCCACAAUGUCCUCCCAACGCCCCUACGUCUUGACCAUCUGCGGAUUCCGCAAGCCGGGCAUGGACGAGGAUGAAUAUCAUCGUUAUCUGAGUGAGCAUCACGCGGACGUGGUGAAGAAUCAUCUAGUGAAAUUCGGCAUCACCACCUACACCUUGACCCACAACACCAGCGAGACAAAGGAGAUGAUGAAACGAAUCUUCGGCAAUCUCCCCGAGGGAAACACCGGCGACUGCGACUGCUAUGCUCAGAUCGUGUUCCGAGACGUCGAGGAUUACGUCCGCGCCCGAAACGAUCCUUACUACAAGGAAGCGAUCUUCCCCGAUCACGCGAACUUUGCCGACCCGAGCAGGACGCUGUUUUUGACGGGCUGGGUGGAGGCCCUUAUCGUUGAUGGGAAGCUGGUUUAGCACACUGAUUGUGUAGUGUGGAGAAGGCAGUGACGCAGCUAUUCGUAC